CCCUUUGUAAUAAACAUACACACAGUUUCCAUCAUGUGAAGAGUGUUGACGUUACGUGUGGUGUCACUCGAGUUACGCCUCUCUGUGCAGGCGAGAUACUUAGGAUAUGAGUGAGAUCUAGAGACAGUAUGGAUUACAAAUUGCUGGGUGCUCUAGGAGCUGUGUUUCUGUCCAUUCUGUAUAUUUACAACUGGCUGUCACCAUUCCUCUACGUUGGCAUCCAUGUUGCUGCUGCUGGUGCUGCCUUCUACUACUCCAUACAAUGGCAUCUUGUACAGGGAAAGCUUUACAAGCCCGUCACAACACCCAGACAGGUCAACCUGGCUUCCAUUCUGCUACAGAAGAUGAUGGAGAAGCAGGCUAAAGUGGAAGAGGCGUCGAGGAAAGUGGUCAUCAGCCGGAGUCUGGACAAUGCCAUCCAAGACAUCAUGGACCUCGCUAUCAAUGACUUCAUCCUUUCCUGGUACACCAAGCUUGGACAGAACCAGCAGAGAUUUGUAAACUCUGUACAAUGUGACAUGUGGCUAAUGGUGGAGGAGCUUGGAUCCCGCCUCUCCCGGGUCGACUUUGUGAAGGUCAUCACACAGGAGGUCAUUGACCUGCUCCACAAUCACUACAGGGACAUUAGAUUAGCAUGCAGAAAGGAUGUUGUUGACAAGACAGAGAAAGCGCCGACAUUUGUACUGCACCCUUGGUUACGAGAUGAGGAGUCUGAGAGGAACUACUUACGGAAGUUGUGUGAUGUCCUGCUGAUCUGUCUCCUGCCGCCAUGUUAUAACCGCUGCCACAGUAUCAGGCAUCUACUGAGGGAAAUAGUCACUGCUACCGCGCUGAAGCCAAUGGUGGACUUGAUAUGUGAUCCAGACUACAUCAACCUGAAACUACUGAGCUACCUGGAGUACCGAGAGAAGCUGUCCGAGGACACGCGCCGCACGCCGCAAUACACCUACGCCGCGACAUACGAGGAUUUCGUGAAGAAGAUAGAGAUGUGUGUAGACAUUGAACACCUGAAACAAAUGAGAUACAACAUAAUUUCUGAGAUAAUGCAUUCCACUACUAUCAACAAUUUGAAGAAAGCUCAAGGAAUCAAGACAGCAGCCAAGGUGCAUGAGAAAGAGAGUUCCCCUAAAAGCACAACAAAAGGAGAGCUCCUGAAGGCCCGAAACCUCAAGAGAUACAUCAAUCAGCUGACUGUGGCCAAGUCCCGAUGUGAGAAGCGUAUACAGGCCUUGGGGGGGCCAGACUACAAGUACUACAGUGGGGGAAAUGGAGGAGAGAGUCUCGCUACUUCCCCCCUCCCUGGUCAGAAGGUGCUGUCAUUCAGUGUGAUCAUGGAUCUGCCCCAAGCCCGGGACUACUUUAUGAAGUACCUCAAGAAAGAGAGCCAGGAGUCUCUGCUUGGGUUUUGGAAUGCAGUAGAGAAGUUGCGAGUGGCAAGUAAGGACAAGCGCCACCAUGUGGCCAGUGAGAUCUACCAGCAGUAUGUGUCCAGUAGCUCUACAGCAGUCAAGCUGGACAAGGCCACCAUCAAGGGCAUGGAGAUAUUUCUGAUUGGGGACAAGGGUCCGGAGUCAUUCUACGAAGCGCAGAAGCAGCUGUAUGGUAUCAUGGAGGAGAAGUACUACCCCUCCUUCAUCGUCAGCGACAUCUACCACCAAUGUAUCUCCUCGCUGGAGGAGGAGGACAACCUCGAUCCACUCGCUAUGUCCUCCAAAGAUGAGCUGUUUCUGGAGUCGAAGGAUGACAUCGAUCCUAGUGAAGGUCCCGCCAUGUUUGCUGAUGAAUCUUACCAUGCUCAGCAGAAGAUGCAGCAGUUGGAUGAAAAACUGGCCAAUAAAACACAGGCUCUGCAGGCGAUCAAGAGUUCCCAGAAGCCUGAUGAGAAAACGAAGAAGGUGGAGGAUGAAAUGGACCAGGAGAUCGUGAAGAUCCAGGAGGAGAAACGCAAGCUGGAGGCUCACAUCUCCCGCACAGAGCUGUGGAUCAACCACCAGGGAACCUGGAUGGCACAGGUCCACGACGCUGAGGCAUCUCAGUCAGGUACAGAUCGCCUGGCUCCGUCAUUCAUCCUCGUCAUCUACCUACGGGGGUCACUGCCAGGGGCCCAGGAGCUGCAGAACAGCUCACAAGGCUGGGUGGUAUCUCGGAGUCUGGAUGACUUCAACCCCCUGCAUGAGAAGCUGGUUCAGAUUGGGCCAUGGCUGAAGAAGAAGGAGCUGCCCAGCGUAGGGAUGACCUUCUUCAAAUCUAUUGAUGAUGCAUUCCGGGAGAAGGCCAAAAAAAGUCUUAAUGAGUAUCUCGUCGAAGUGAUGAAGGAUGCGAUGACCCAGAGCGAGGCUCUGUACGCCUUCCUCACUCCUUCACCCGAGUGUCUGCUCAUACCCUCCACACAGAAGAAGAGCAAGUUCAAGCUAGCCAAUCUUAUUAAAAGCCUGCCAAACAUCCGUCAUCAGAUGCCCACAGUAGUGAUGAUGAGUUUCUGUUUCGGGAUGAGAGGAGCUGAGGGGACGCUCAAAUGGCUGAGGAAGUCCUUCAUUUCAUUUAGUGAAAAUAUCUUUGGUAGAUCCAUUAACAGGCAGCUGCGAGAGACUGUCGACUGGGUGUUCUCCGAGUCCAUGGUGAUCUACUACUUGAACACGUUCAAGGACUCCAUGUGGCCAGAGGGAGAACUUGCGGAGGCUUCUGCACCACGUACUGAUGACGAGAAACUCACAACACGGGUAGAGGCCAAACAGAAGAUACUGGAGAACAUCCCAGACUCUGGAAGAACCUGGUGGGUGAGGACAAUGCAAGACGGCACCAUCAAGAUGUUUGAAGCUCUCCAGGAUGUCCGCCUCAACAAGCAGCUCUUCUAUAACAUCAUUGAAGUGUUUAUGAUGGAACUAUGCCCGAGGUUGAGAAAAUCCGGAUCUCGUGUCGACUUCCCUUCAGACGCUUCCAACAGUCAGCACAACCAGUACAGCAGUGUAGACGGAAGCUGCCAUCACACUGCUGUCCAGAUUCUUCCACCCAGCAAAUGUCAAGUCAGCCAUAUGGGCAUUAUUCAUGAUUGUUUUAUUUGACCUUCAUUGGCAGAGUGGCUUGUCUCCAUCUAAAUGCCAGUGACUUUCAGUGCAGCUCAAAUAAUAACUUGUUUCAUUGUUCAGUCUGGCUGAAAUGAGUGAUCCUAGUUACAAAAAGAACCAACAACUCACUGCAACGUUGGCUAUUUCUUGCAAUAUUCAUUUAUCAAGGUGAUUUUAAACUCCACUUGCAUCUGUUGAUUUUCAUUAGCCUUGACCCAGUUCUGUCAGCAAUUUCUUUUUGAAUUUUAAGCAUUUUGUCACAGACUGAUGUUCUGAUGAACAGCUACUGAGUCAUUGUUAGCCAUUCACAGGUUGGGAUACGCUGUGCUCUUGUGUCAUGCAUAGAUAUUAGCUGUGGUCCUAAUAGUUGAAAUAAUUCCUAAGAUUGGUCUAACGACUACACGACUGCAAUCGAUCAUGUUUUUUCAUAAUCAAACACAAA